AUGACAGCAGGCUUGGUCAAAUUCGCGCUGGAUAAUGGACAACCAAUCGACUCUGUGAUCAACGGCGUCUUGCCAAUUCAUGCUGCCUGCUGCAGCAACGGGAAUGUGGCCGUGGUCCUCUUUCUGAUCGAACGCGGGGCUGAUGUUAACUCUCGGCGGUUCCCUCGCAAGUACAGUGGCGAUAGAGUCGUCGGCGCCCAAACGGUAGGGACCACCGGAUCAACCCCUUUACACUUUGCGGCGGCGAACGGCUGUCUCGCCAUUGUUGAGAUCCUGCUGCGUCACGGCGCGACGCCUGAUUUGGCUGACAAGUACGGAUCCACUCCAUACACUGUUGCAACAGCAAGGAAUCAUCCAGACGUUGCUGCUCUGCUCCACAUGCACCUGUCUAUGCAACGCGGCCUGCAGGUCACCACACCCGACCUUGAUAUUUGUGGCUCGAGGAACGGUGAUCCGUUCACAAGUCCCAGGAGCAGCGGCGACUUUAGUCGUAGGAUCUCGGCAGUCAUGGCACCCACCCGUUCAGGACUCGAAUCUUCUUCACGGCCACCUCCUUCGCGCAUCAGCACCGACGUUUCCUCUCCACCAUCAGCAGCUCUAGGAAAAGUGCCUCACAACAUCUACCAACGCCGUGUCAGCCUGCCUUGUAUCAUCGAAUCUCCCUCAUCGCCUGUGACCUCGAACUUGCCCAGACAAUCGUGCGACUUGGGAAGACCACCCCUGUCGACGGAACUUUUGCACUCACGGAAAAAGUCGACGGAUUCUCACUUUUCGGGAGCUCCAUCCAGAUUGAGCAACAUCUUUUCCCUCACCAAGACCCAACAGCCAGUUACUGUCCAGACUGCCUUGCCUUCCUCUACCGAUAACACUCCAGCGGCACCCAGGCCCGCAGAAUCGGCUCCUGUAGCCCCUGGCGGAAGACGCCGCUCGGUUGACUUGUUGGGGACAGGAUUCUUGUCUCCUAGGAUUGCGCUCGCUGUCAACAGGAGGAAAUCGCUAGAUCAGUUGCGCGCUGUACCUCCUGUACUUGACGCGGUCAUUCCAGAAGGAUGGACCGCGGAUAGUAAGACGCGACGGGAUUCAGGUGCGUCAACUUCUGAAACGAUUGUCUCCCCCGAUCAAUCGUCCUGCUCAACCUUGGUGAACCCGAUGAUGGCUAUGUCAGGCAACGACAGUCGAACUCAGCUGGACAAGAUCCAAUCGCCUUCCUCUUCUCCCGCAUCCAAUGUUACCCUUGCCGAGGCAUCCGAGACCAAUGGUCCUACUGCGAACAUCAUCUCUGUUUCAUCCCUUGCUGCUUUGCGUAGAGGAUCCUCAGCAUCCGAGCCAGGCAUUCGUUCAUCCCUUGACCUGAGAUCGAUGACCUCUCCACACCAUCACGAGGUCGACAUGAAAGCCCGUCACCGUCGCAGCAUGCAAGAGCCUCUGGAUGCUUCCUUUUUCUCGCCUCCUCUGGCCUCUGAUUCGUCUUUCCAAAACAGGAUGGACAACAGCAGCAACAACUCCGGCUAUACGAAGCAUCGCGCGUCCUUUUCCGGAAGUGCGACUGUGUCGGGUCGAUUCUCUCGAUUUUGGUCGUACGCCUCUGGACGCGAAUCUCCUGAACCGUCUGCCAUCCAUUCCAAGGACAACUCUGUGGGGACUCUGGAGUCUGUCGCCAGUAACAACAGCAACGAGGCUGCUCCCUGGACGAUGAGCGAUAUGGGCGAUGGACACUAUUUCACUGAAAAGGAUUUCCCUGCCUCUGGUCGCAGAUCGCGCAACGGCGUCAUGAACCGUCUCUCUGGCCUCUGGUCUCGUCGCUGA